UAAUAAAAGGCAUAAUAUGUAUAUCAGAUAUUCAUAUUAUUAAAAAAACAUACAUUGGAUUUAAGUAAAACUUAUGAUUAAUUUAAAAUUAUUUACUUAAAAUAAAAUUAUGAAAUACAUAUAUUUACUACUUAUAUUCAUUAUAUUAUCCCUAUUUAUCAGAUUUAUUGAAGCUGAUAAUGAUUAUAAUAAUGAUAAUCAGAAUAUAUAUUCCUAUUCACAUAAUCAUAAAAGAAACUAUCAAUCUAAGAACGUCGACAGUAAAUCAAAACAAUAUUCAUAUAACAAAGAAAAAAGGAAUAAUAAUAAUGAAAAUUUUGAAAGAAAUAAAAAAUCUAUUCGACCUAGAGAUCAUGAUUCUGCAUAUAGAAAUGAUCAAAUACAAUCUCGUGGAAAUAGUGCAAAAGGUGGAAGUUAUUCAGAAAGUACAUAUUUUACAUUACAUACUGGAACAGAUAGAUAUGGUCGACGAAAUUAUUAUUCACGAUUUCAAACACGUGGACGAUCAAAUGGUUAUCGUGAAAAUAUGUUUUUUAAUAUUUUUGAUGUAACCGGUGGUAUUAAAAUAACACGGAAUAAAAAUCAUAUGACAAAAUCUGAUAAAAGAGAUAGAUACACAAAAAAUAAUAAUAUCAAUAGUAAAGAUUAUAAUACUGACACUAAUAAAAAGCCGGAAUAUCCAGAUGGAUACAGGUCAUUGAACAAAAACUUUACUACUAAUUAUGGAAACUCGACUAAUGCAUCAAUUCCAUUAGCCGGUAAAUAAUCC